CGCGGAGCUCUACCUAGCGCUUGGCCAAUUCACUAGCGCGUUUGCCUUAGCCGUCUCAAUGAACAUCUCCGGGACGUUGAACGUCUUUCGGCUGCUGAGGGAUCCGACACUAUGUCUUCCACAGCAUACGGUGUCAACGUUCAACCACCUGCCAAUCCCACUAUCGAAGGCGUUUCCUAAGAAGAAUGGCAAAGAUGGAGAGAAAGAAGUUGACAUUCAGGCGGUAGUCCUUGACAAGGAUAACUGCUUUGCUAUACCACAUACUGAUGAAGUAUAUCAGCCUUAUAAGGACCACUUCCAACGCCUGCGCCAAGCGUACCCUGGCUCGAAACUCCUUAUUGUCUCCAACACAGCAGGCACCAAUUCAGAUCCAGGCUUCAAACAGGGAGCGAUCCUGGAAGCCAAUACCGGCGUCAAGGUCCUCCAGCACUCAACGAAGAAGCCUGGCUGCAAGGACGAAGUCAUGGCCUAUUUUAAAGCUCAUCCAGAGUCCGGCGUCACAAGGCCAGAUCAGAUUGCGGUCGUUGGCGACCGACUGUCCACCGACAUCAUGAUGGCGAACAUGAUGGGUAGUUAUGGCUUCUGGAUCAGAGACGGUGCGGUGAGACCAGGUUUUCUUGCGAGAAUGGAAGAUAGAUUGCAGAGCUUCCUAUUUCGACGAGGAUACUCUGCACCAGACCCAUUACACAACAAUCACUUCGAAUAGGGUGAUGCGCGAGGUUUCCUGGAAUUUACUCACUCUUACUUUGUACGACUACUUGUAAGCUUUUGCGCGAUUCCUGUCAAUUGCGGACGAUGCGGUAUCAAAACAUUACGAACUUGGCGGCAUGUGAAGCGCUGUCAAUCACAC